AUGAAACAUGACGUUCCAAAUUUUGAAAUCGAGAGAUUUCUGCCGCUGUCUCUGGAAUUCGACGCCAUAGCCAACACCAUAAAGUCCUUUUUCCCGGUGGGGCUCUGGCGGAGACGAGCUCCUCGGCCAUGGAGUUUCAAUAUACAGGCUACCACUGAACAUAACCGUGGAACAAUGAAGAGGGGACUGAAAUGGAGCGACGACGAGGAUGGUGAAACGUCGUCGUCCAACGAUUCUUCAGCUCAUGAUUCCGAUGCAGAAGAUGGAAAUGGGAGCUCGAAAAACCUCAAAGUUCAAAGCUUUUCAAGGAACCCGAGAAGGAGCAAAACUAUUCUUGGUCCACAGGAAAAGACAACACAACAACAAAAGGGAGGAGAAAAAGAAGAAGAAGAAGAAUCUUACGAGGAACGAAUGAAAACGAUAUCCGCCUUAGCCAGUGAAGAGCGCCUUUUGAAUGUUCAGACUCGAAGUGAACGAAGUAAUGCUAACAAUUUGUCCUUUCAACAGAAGGAGAAAAGAAAACGGGACUUGGGCCAAGCUAGCAGGGGCAAGUGUUAUGUCGAGGAGGAAAAAGGGUUGCUGAGGAAAAGCGGUAUAUACUCUGGUUUCGAUUCUUGA